AUGACAGUCGAGCAAGGCACCCGCGUGGCGACUCCACCACCGCCGUCUGCAUCGUCUGCCCAUCAUCAUCCGCGCCUCCAUCAUCCGCGCCCCCGGUUCCUCACGACGACGCAACGUUUGGAGCUGAUCUGGCAUUACGUCAACGCAGAGGUUGAUCAGCUCGACGAUCGAAUUGACGAGCGGUUUGAAGAGCUCGAGCACGCCCUCUGCGCCUUGAAAAGGCAGCAGAACGACAUCAACAUCGUCAACCUCGCGACGCAAGCGCAGGCCGCGGACAAUGCCAUCCACAUGCGUGAGCUCCACGACCUGUCCAACGACAUCGAUAACGCCGAGACCUUCAUGCACGACGACGUGCGCAAGAACCACGAGCGGAUUGCCAAACUCGAGAACGAAAUCACCGAGCUGAAGGCGACGGUUCAGGCGUUGUUGCGCCGGGGUGAUGACGUUUGA